AAAGCAGGUGAUUGUAAACUUUUCAUAAGAGAAUUGACCGGAGUCAACGGAGAGUGUCGCAUACCAGCUCCGCAUCCAGGCUUAGAGUAGCAAACAACCAGUGGGUAAAACAUCAGGCUACCAGCGCUGAAGUUUGUACGAGCCGGGCAAUAACUCGCUGAAGUGCGUGUUUCAGAUUUCAGUCACCAUGGCAGAGAAUAAUGAGACAUCGGGCAACGUCACCGAGGCGGAGAAUGCAUAUGACGAGACAUCAGCCCGGAUUUUGCUGGGUUUGAGGUAUGCGGUGAGCAUCAGUUGCGGCAUCGCUGUGCUCGAAAACCUCCUGGUCAUUUUGGUGAUUGUGGGAACCAGGAAGCUGCGAGUCAAACACUACGGCUUCGUCAUGAAUCUAGCCUUGGCUGACCUCCUCUUUGCCGCGCUGGCUAUCGUGUUCCCGUGGGUGGAGGAGCACGUCAUUUUUGCCUUGUUCAUGUCUUGCUAUGUCGCCUCGGUCUUCACCAUUUUUGCCGUGGCUGUCAAUAGGCUUUUGGCCCUGUCUCUUAUGCCGCCGUCUCGUUACGAUUCUCUGGUAACAUGGGGUCGCCUUUUCUUGGCAUGUAUCGGUAUUUGGGUUUUGUCUCUGAUUCUUAACUUAAUUUCGGUAGUGGUCAACGAUAAUUUAGUUACCUUCUGGAUAUACGGCUUGAUUCGACCGAUGGCCGUAUUUAUUGUCUGGCUCGUCACAGCGAUCCUGUAUUUCGUUGUGUACCUUAAAAUAAGGCGUUUCACCCCUUCCGUUCCCGACACAAAAAACGAUCAAGAUGCCGGGGAGGUAAUUGUUCGCAUAAACCAGACUCGCAAGUUGCUCGUACUUUUCAUUAUAAUUCUCUUGGUGUCCUUCGUUUGCUGGAUGCCAUACAGCAUCGUCCGGUUCAUUUCCUUCUUUGACCCCAGCCAAUUUUUCUCCACCAAGUUUGACGUCGCGUACUGGUUCGCCGGCCUGUUGUACUGCCUCUCGGCCAUGAUCAACCCGGUGAUUUACUGGGGCAAACUGGAUGGGUUCCGAGAGUCCCUCGCCGAUCUCUUCUGCUUCUGCCGCAGCACCAGGGAGCGCGAUUACGCAGAUGACAACGGCAAAACUGAACAGGAGCAAACCGUCGUAGAUGCGGUUUAGUCAGAUUUAACCGAAAAAUUGGCUGGGUAAGAUGAAGGCGCUUGUUGGCAACCAAAAUGCUUGGGUGCUUUAUUGAAACAAUCAGAAUUCAGAACGAGUAAAAAUUCGCACUCAGGGUGUUAUCCUUUUACAGGGAUGUUUCUAACUUACACUGACUACACAAAAAGGAGCAAGUACAUCUAUGGCGAUGUUGAUUUCUAAAAUGUUUACGUUUGUAAAGAGAUAACCUCACAGUAUAGAGUUAGACGAAGCAGCAAAGUGUCUUAAACUAUAAGUAUCAUACCUAGUAAGAGAUCGGAGCGGAACUAUCUACCGAGUUAACUUCAUACAGAUACAUGUAUUUUUUAAAAAAUCGGUCAUUUAUUUACUCCCAACAAAUCAUAAUAUUCUUGGUUUUGUAAUUCUACUAAUGUAAUAAGAAUAACAUAAACACCUUAAUCGGUACGCUAUUGAUAAUACUUAUUGUGUAGAGAAUAGACACUGAGUUGAUAGUGAAUGGUUUAAUACAGCCGAGAUGAUUUACUGCAUGUGAAUGCAUUUGUUGUAAAUGAAUGUAAAAUAAGCUACAAUUCCUUGUCAUUUUUAGUUUUUUGUUUGACUAUAGUUCCUUUCUUUUUUAGAUGUUUGUAAAGUUCGCCUGAUUGUCUGGUCGGUUGUUGGUACAUGUUUAGGAUGAAUUGUGCUCCAUGGUAUACUAUGUCGAAUAAUAUCAGUAUACAAUAAACUUUGAAAAAUUCAAAAAAAUAUGUGAAAAUGAUUCACCGCAAAAGCCCUGGUGU